AUGGUCGUUUCCUCCCCGAAGCCGGCUCAUGAUGCCUCCAAAUCUCCAGUUGAAUCCCCCUCCGAACGGUCUUCCCCCUUCUUCCAUAACACAUACAUGCGUCCCGCGUUACCUUUCAUCAAUGGCGGUUUGUCCGGCAUGACAGCAACAGCCGUCAUCCAACCCAUUGACAUGGUCAAAGUACGCCUGCAGCUCGCCGGUGAGGGUGCCCGGCAAGGACCCCGUCCGACUGCUCUAGGUAUCGCAAAGCAGAUCAUAGCCUCAGGCAAAUUCCUAGACCUGUACACCGGUCUGUCUGCCGGCUUGCUUCGGCAAGCCGUCUACACAACCGCCCGCUUGGGCUUCUUCGACACCUUCACAAACGCCUUGAAAGUCCGUGCUGAUGCUGCGGGAAAGAAGGUCACUUUUGCCGAACGCGCCGCAGCCGGGUUAGGAGCUGGCGGCCUUGCGGCCAUGAUCGGGAAUCCAGCUGACCUAGCUCUGAUCCGCAUGCAGUCGGACGGUCUCAAACCCAAAGAGAGCAGAGCAAAUUACCGCUCCGUCAUCGACGCUCUGGCCCGCAUCUCCAAAGCGGAAGGCAUCACUGCCCUCUGGGCCGGCGCCCUACCCACCGUCGUGCGCGCCAUGGCUCUGAACUUUGGGCAAUUGACUUUCUUUGCCGAGUCCAAAUCGCAGCUGCAGGUCCACACUGACCUAUCCGCCCAGAACCGAACGUUUGCCGCCUCCGCCAUCGCGGGCUUCUUUGCUAGCUUCAUGUCGCUCCCCUUCGACUUUAUCAAGACGCGAUUGCAGAAGCAGCAGAAGGACCCGAAGACGGGUCAGCUCCCCUACAAGGGUGUGCUCGAUUGCGCGAAGAAGGUCAUUCGGGAUGAGGGCUGGUUGAGGUUCUAUCGCGGGUUUGGAACCUAUUACGUUCGCAUCGCGCCGCACGCCAUGGUGACACUUAUCGUCCUCGAUUACCUGAAUGUUCUCACACAGUGA